AUGCCUCAAUUCACCGUCACGACAAGCUCGACCGGCCGGCUCAGGCCGGGAUCCAAGGGACGGGCGGGUAAUCGGCCACCUUUGAAGCCAUCGGCGCUGAAAGCUCUAUCGAUCCUAUACGCGGCAAGUUCUCCCCGGACGCUCAAGGACCGUCUCGCCGAUAGAGGACAGGAGGAUGGCGAAUUGGAGCCAGAUCGUCGGCUUCCAAGUUCGGAAAAUCGACCUCCAACAGUUCAUUCAAGACGAGCUCAAGCACAUCAAGACGGCCUCAUGAGUCAUAUGAAGAUCAAGUCAAGCAGCUUAAACAGACUAUUCAGUUCAUCGGCCAGUCUGGCUCGCUUUUCUACCCAAGACCUUCCCAUUAAUCCUCCGGUCCUCAACCAAGCUCCUGAAGUUAAAGGGUCACCGCUUCCUGCGGCUGCUGCUAUGUCAAAUUCUCCUGCUCCUGCUCCUCUUAAUCCACCUCAACUCACCCCAAAUCCGCCACAAGUCGAUUAA